UUGGCAGCCGCGUUUCCAAGGCAACAAACAAUUUGAGGAAAUGAAGGAGAGUUUUUGGAGCUGUCGUGGAAAUUAGACAAUACUCACAGACUCGUCCUCUGAGUCAGUGGUAACUCUGCAUCGGUCUUUCGCUCUGCACAACAAAGGACACACCACCUGCAUGUCAACAGGGACCUCAGGGUGAAACUUUUCCACGGGCAUCCUACGGUUUGCUUGUUGUCCAGAAAAGCUGAAAGACUCGCGCAGCCCAGCCAGGAGACGCCAAAUUGUCGUGAGUAAUUGUGCAGAUGGAGAAGAAGGCAGCUGUACCUCAAUGUGGCUUCCACGGAGUCCUGGGAUACAGUAGAGAGUCUGAAUGGAGAAAAAGCAAUCUUCAGCCCCCGUCUACUAGUGACCAUACAGUAUUGUGCGAGAUUUGCGGUGCGAAAGCAAAGCCUCUGCUUGAUUUUUCAAAGACCCUGAGUCCUGAGGAUUUCUGCUGCCCUGGGAAUAUGGAGGUGUUUAAGAAGUUGGAGCAGGAGUGGCACUUGCUGCAGGGACACUGUGCUGAAUCUUCACAGGAACAUGACUCCAAUUUGGAGAAAGCGUGGGAGCACAGAGACAGAGCAAGAUUGCAGAGGGUUGCAGAGGAAUGUCUGAGAAAGGCUAAAAGGCUGUCUUCAGGAAACCAAACCGAGAUUCCGGGCUGCAAAGUGACGUCUUCCGGUUUGUACACCACCAUCACUUUCCGGCUUUCUGAUUACAUCCGCUUCAGAGAGAGCGAACGCUUGUCCGCGAGGGAGGAUGACAUAAAAGAGGCGAAUCCCAGACCGUCCCAGCUCUGCAGCACUAAUAGUUCACUUCCAGCUGGGUUUGGUUUGUGCCAUCAUCAGGGCCACAUACAGAAGUUUUACUCGAAUGGGAAUAAAUUUCUCACAGCGCUUCCAGACGGCACUGCCCAAAUCUUCUAUCCUUCAGGAAAUUUGGCCAUUAUCGCUUUCAUAGAUGAUACAGAGGGGGUCUGCAUCGUUCUUGAUGACCUCAGGUCAAGUUGUCCAAUCAGAGCCUUCUUCCAGUCCAGUGGCAUUGCCGACUGUUACCAUAGCAACGGGAGUACCUGGUUGCACAUGGACGCAUGGGGAGGGCUGAGUCUAAAUGAAGACAGGUCCAGAAGAAGCAAGUGGAAAUGGACAGACAACGCAAACAAUCUGACACCCUUCAAACCCAUCUUCCAGUCACUCAAUAAAAACAUCGGGGUCAGAGUUCGGGGACAAGGUUCUGUCUUCGUGACCUUCCUGGCCUCGGGACAGCAUGCUCGCUUUAGCGUAGGCAGCUGCACAAAGCCAAGUGACCCUACUCCGUCGCUGCGUAAAGAGGAGCUGAUGCUGCAGGUGAGCCAGGUCAACGCCCGUCUGGCGCUCGAACGCCUGCGCUGGUGCCUUGAUUUCCACUCGGACACUAGCCGUCGGUCUCUCAGGCUCCCCCCAGGCCUCAUCUCAGAGGGACAGAGACUUCUGAGGCUCAGCUCCAGCAUAAGGAUGGAGGAGAAGGACAAGGCCUAUAUACAGCACUGCCUGCAGGACUGCCAGUGACUGCUGACCUCAGGAUCAAUACUUAAUUCUAAGUUUUGACUUGACUCCUAAAGAAGCAAACUCUACCACACGAGUCUAUUGAAACAUGUAAAUAAAUUGAGCACAAUUAAUUAGACAGAAGAAGAAAAAAGCACAGUUUGUCCUGUUACUGAAAAACAGGUCAGGGUAAAACACAUAUUCACAGGAUUUCAAAAAUCAUAGUGUAUCCAAAGAGAAGCCAACAAAAAGAAAAUAAAAACACAAAGGUUCAGAACUUACCCAGGCAAAAAUUGGACUGGAAAGACCUCACAAUGAGUGUCAUGAACCAUUUUAUUUAUAUAGCCAGUGAACAGGAUUAGAGUAUUAUAACCCAAGGAAGGGGCCCUCUGAGGGUCUGGAGGUGAAAUGUCCCUGACGGAUGCUGGAAAACGGAGAUUCCUUCCAUAAAUGUUCUCCAUUUAUAGCGAAAACUUCACAUCAACAAUUAUACAUCUAUAAGUUAUACAUUUAUACUAUAGAGACCAUAGCGUAUUAGAUUGAGUGCAUUAUUAUAAAAAUGUACUGUUUUAGUCCCACAUCAUCUGAAUUUCCUGACGAUUAUGGGAAGAGGAAAAGUACAUUCUCUCGUUUCUUUUUCUUUUUCCAAUGAUAGUAAUGUCGCCUGUGAACGUACAACCCUGUUACCCUAAAGAUUAUAGACUAAAAUAUGAAAAUUGUUCAAUUGGAUGAUAGUUAACCUUAUUCUGUGUAUUGGAUAAUUCUAUGAUUAAAAACCUGGACUCUUUUACUUA